AUGCCUCACACAAACCGCAGGAAGAAGCACGUAGUGGCCAAGCGCAUCGAGAUUCAAGACGAUGAUGGCUGGAUACGUGUGACAACUACGAACACGAACGGCGCACGACGAAGACCUAGAAUGCUGCAACCCCACACUGACCAUGACAGCAGCCAAAUUUACAAAACAGGACCGGAACCAGGAAGCACAGUAUCUAAAAUACGCGCUCACUAUGAGAAGAUUGAUAGUCUGUGGAAAGCCUCGGAGGCAUACCGAGCGUUGGUUGACACGUUGAAGAGUCAGGUCUUGCAAGCAGAGAUCACGGACGGCAGCAUCGACAAGUGCAUCGUGUUUGGAACAGCGAGUUUCUGCGGUCUACGUGAUGGCUGGAUCAAGAGUGCGGACACGGCACUAUGUCAGCUUGCGGUAUUGAAGACGAUUCAGAGCACGAUAGGAGAAACACUAGGCCAAAUGCCACAAGCGAUGGCGCAAGAACCGGCCUACAACGAUCUUGAUAUCGAAUUCCUCAGGACGUUAGAUGUCGAGGUUGCAGAGACUCCCCAAGGAUUCGAGCAGGUCACGCAGAAGAGCUUGGUAUAUACGCCGUGUUCUGAAGGGCAUGUGUUGCGACAGGUCCUUGAGGGAAAGCCAGCUAUCUUACUGGGAAAGAGUGUGGAUUGGUAUGCUCGAGAGAGUAGGGAUAUGCAGCCUGUACGUGCUGAGAAAGAACCAAUGCAGGCGAACGGGCAAGAUGGGGACAAUCGAAGAGACAAGCACGACCUGCGAGACGGGAAUGACAUAUUCAAAACCUAUAGAAGAGGCAGCAACGCCGUCCGUCUGCCAGAUUUUGCCUAUAGAGAUCGCCAUCCAUUCAGAGAUGAGUAUCUGUACUGGAAACUGCAGUUCGAUAAUGCCUGA